AUGCCAAAAUCAAAUAAAACAAUAAAGGCUGUUCUAACGCAUUUGGCCAAAUGCAUUAAAGAAAACUUUAAUUUCGAUUACUAUUCCACCGUGUGUGGUUUAUGUUUUGAAAAACUAUCAGAAUACGAUGAAACAAUGGUUCAUUUACUAACUCAUCAAAAAAAUCUAGGCCAAAUGUUGGAAAAAGCUAUACAAAGAUUUAAAAAUGGAACUGAUAUGGAAUCUGUUGAUGAUGAUGACAAUAAAUUUGAUCUAAUUACCGAAGAACAUGAUCAUCAUGAUUCUCAGUCUGUUAAAGGCGAAGUUGCUAGCGAAUGUUCCAUAAAAAGCGACGACGAUGAUCAAUCUGAUAGCAAUUAUAUGAUUUGUGGAGUUUCUUGUAAAGACGCGGAAUACCUUGAACUGCACAUGAACAUACACGAAGGCAAAACCGAAACCGAAUGUCGAUAUUGUCCCAAAAAAUACUCCCGCCCGCCGCCGUUUGCACGUUAUACGACACAUGCAAGUUUUUCAUUGGGAUAA